AAGAUUUCGAAUCGGCGCCGAUAAAGGUGAGCGGACGGAUUCUUAACUGCAUGACGCAACUGCCGAACCAAAUCUACAAGACAAAAAAUGGCAAAUGGGACUUGAAGCCGCUCAGAGGGAGCUCUGCGUUGCAUGCGUCGAAUGCGUUCUUGAACGAGGCGACCAAUUGGGAGUCUCACUUGAUUGCCUGGACCGGCGAGCUGUACUCGUACAACGAGAGUGUUCCGCACUCGAUUCCCACGAAUCAGUCCAUUGAGAACGAUCCUUUAUAUCUGAACGAUAACGACAAGGAAUACGUGACGGCAAAAAUUCACGAGGCAAACAACGACAAGAACAUCCAUCCUGUGUGGCUUCUGCGCAAAGACCAGGAGAGGUGGCGGAAAUAUGCCGAGAACGUGAUCUGGCCCACGUUCCAUUACAUGCAGCCGGCUCCCAGCGACGGCCGCGAGGAGGCCCAAUGGUGGCACGACUACGUGAAAUUCAACGAGGCCUAUGCCGCCAAAAUCAAGGCCAUCUACCGGCCAGGAGAUAUCAUCUGGGUCCACGACUACUACUUGCUGCUGCUGCCGCAGAUUCUGCGAAUGGAGUUUCCACAAGCCUAUAUAGGCCAUUUUCUUCAUGUUCCGUUCCCGUCGUCGGAAUACUUCAAGUGCCUGAGCAAGCGCAAGCUGUUGCUGGACGGCAUGCUGGGAGCCAACCAGGUUGGGUUCCAGAACCACUCUUUUGCCAGACACUUUAUCAGCUGUUGUGCCAGGCUCCUUGGCUACGAGGUGACGCCGGACGGAGUGCACAUCCACUCGUCCAACGUGAAAGUUGUGACGUUGCCGUUGGGCAUUGAUGUGGCCAAGCUUGAACAGAACGCGUUCACGGAAAGCGUCGAGUCGAAAGUGCAGACGCUCAAACAGCUCAACGGCAACCGCAAAAUCGUCAUUGGCAGAGACAGACUCGAUCUGGUGCGCGGUGUGGUCCAGAAACUGCAGGCCUUUGAAAUGUUCCUCGACAUCUACCCCGAAUGGCGGGGCAAGGUUGUUCUGAUUCAGGUCUCUUUCAAGCCGUUCUACCACAGCUCCAAGCUGGACAAGAAGGUCAACGAACUGGUUUCGAACAUCAAUGCCAAGUACGGCUCGCUGGAGUACACCCCUGUGCAGUAUUACAACAUGAAGGUGGACAGAGACGAGUACUUGGCUCUGCUACGGGCUGCCGAUCUGUGUAUGAUCACGUCCAUCAGAGACGGAAUGAACACAACGGCUCUGGAGUACAUUGUGUGCCAGAAAGAGUCCAAGUCGCCGCUGUUGCUGUCUGAAUUCAGCGGCACGGCAAGCGUUCUGCAGGACUGUGUUCAAGUGAAUCCCUGGGAUGCCGUUGGCGUGGCCAACUCCAUCAACGAGUGUCUGCUAAUGAGCGACGACAGAAAAGCCGCUUUGGAGGCCAAAUUGUACCGGUCUGUGUGCAACAACACUAACCAGGACUGGACGUGCCAUUUUUUGCAGAGCCUAAUGGACUUUGUGGUGAAGCUGAACUCGAAGCACGGUACGCCGUAUUUAAACAAACCGAUGCUGCUGGAGGAUUAUACAAGAGCAGGACGGCGUUUGUUUCUGUUCGACUACGACGGGACGCUGGCCCCAAUUGUGCGCGAUCCAAACGCAGCCAUUCCUUCGGCACGGCUGAUCAAUGUUCUCAAAGCUCUGGUCCAAGAUCCCAAGAACGAGAUCUGGAUCAUCAGCGGCAGGGACCAAGAGUUUUUGGAGAAGUGGGUCGGCUCGCAGUUCCCUGAGGUUGGCCUAAGUGCCGAACACGGGUGUUUCCUCAAGAAAGCAGGCCACAAAGAAUGGAUCAACCUGGCCGAACGGUACGAAAUCCUUUGGAGAGAAGAGGUGGAGGAAAUUCUCAAAAGAUACACAGAGAGAACGCCCGGCUCGUUCAUCGAGAAGAAGAAGGCCGCCAUAGUUUGGCAUUAUAGACAGUCCGACCCAGAGCUCGGAAAAUUCCAGGCAGCAAAGUGCAAGGCAGACUUGCUGGAGAGAAUGGCCGCCUACGACGUCGAAGUGAUGGCCGGAAAGGCCAACGUCGAGGUGCGGCCGUCCUUUGUCAACAAGGGAGAAAUAGUGCGCCGACUCGUGCUCAAUUCUGACCCCCUGGUACAGCAGCCGCGCACUUUUGAGCAAAUGCCGGAUUUUAUUCUGUGUCUAGGAGACGACACAACGGACGAGGACAUGUUCAAGGUGUUGAACGCUAUUGAGCAAAAUUGGAAAGACAAGAAACUAGUUUCGGUCAGGGAGCCGCGUGGCAUCUACCCGGUGACAGUGGGCCCGGCUAACAAGGAGACGGUGGCCAAAGCGUAUCUGUCAGACCCAGACCAGGUGUUGGACACGCUGGGUUUGCUUGUGGGCCAGGUAUCGCUGUUUGACACCGCGGGAACAGUCGAACUGGACGACAGGGGCCAUCUGAAAAACAGCGAGAGUGCGCUACGGUCUGAGAAGGCCAGACAGGCGUACCAGGCGACGGCCGGGUCACGUGACCGAUAAAUACGUCAAGGCUGCUCGGGCAAAAAUGGCUGGGCAGAUUAUUAUUUAUCUAGACAAUUGAAUAUACAGGCAACAUAGUUAUUUACCAGCAGCGUGCUGCCAAACUGAGACACCCGUUUUAUAGCAUCACUGCGGCUGUAAUUUUUUGACGGCCCCCAGUUCCUGAAUUCCGCCGCUUCCGAAAGAACAUGACAGAACCAUUUCCUAACCCGGCUCUGUCGGGACAGUCGAUUGCGCAGGACGAUUACCUCGGCCAUCUUCUCUCCUCCAACAAUUCCCGGUCUAACUCCCGCAAAGCAUCUCUUGCUUACGGAAGCAUUAAUGAUAAUGAGCCGGUAUUAAGGCGUUCUCGCAGUCUUACAGAAUCUAUAACAAACUCUAUGAUAGUGGCUACUAACGUGACCUGGGAGCAGAUCCAGCGUCGCCGGUUUCUGUCUGUGUGCGUGUUUGGAUGUCUGUUCAUCUUCCUUUUCAAUCUGAUAUUCCUUCCGCGGACCUCGUUGGACAGGGACUUACGACGUCUCCAUGGCGAGUUUCUCACCUUUGACGACUGUUCGCGACUAUUUUUGACCCAGCUCAACUUUAAGAACAAUGUUAGGAGCUACAUGGAGUUUAUGGAGCGCGAUGUCCAUUUGCCUGGCAAAAACCACGAGGCCGCCGAGUUUUUCUUCAAGAACAACUACCAGUUCAGAACGUACUCUGACAAAUACGAGACCUGGAUGGGCAGGCCUCUGAAGACGCACCUGAAGAUGUAUGACGGAGAUGAGGUUGUCUACGAAGCAAAGUUGAAAGAAAGCGAGCUUUUGUCGUUCCAUCCGUACUCCGCCAACGGGACUGUCAAGUCCGAGUUUGUUUAUUUGAAUUAUGGCCUGGAGCGCGACUACGAAGCUGUUCGCAAGGCCGGCGUCGAGGUGGGCGGUCUAAUUGGCAUUGUUCGACGCGGACAGAUUAGCGUCGAUCGCAAAAUUAAAAUUGCCCAAGAACACGGAAUUUCCGCCGUUCUUGUGUACUCUGACCCGUACGACGACGGACAGCAGAGAGUGAAGAACGGCCGCAAACCGUUUCCGUCGGGGCCUGCUCGGAAACCGUCCAGCGUGGACAAGGAAACAGUCAGUUUUCUUGCUGAGCAGCCGGGUGACCCGACAACGCCUGGAUGGUCUUCGACGCUCUUUGCUCACAGAGUGGAGCCGAAAACUAUUCCAAAAAUCCCCUCCUUGCCGCUCAGCUACGAGGACAUCGAGCCUAUAUUAAAGACCCUGAAGGGACCGGACGUGGGCUGGCAUGGGGACCUGGAAUUUUCGUAUUCAUGCGGGCCCUCGAGCUACUCCCUUGAUCUGCUCAACCUUGUUGAGUAUAAAGUGAAGCCAAUUUACAAUAUUGUGAAUGAGAUACCCGGCGUGAUCAAGGACGAGGAGCUGAUUAUUGGCGCGUCUAGAGACUCAAUCGGAGGCCUAGGGGGCGUUUCGAGCGGCCAUGUGGCCAUGAUGGAGCUGGCUAGGGGGUUUGACGAGCUCGUCAAGCUCGGCUGGAAACCCCUCAGAACCAUCAAGCUUAUCUCCUGGGAUGGGUCCAGCUACGGCCUGCUGGGGUCCACAGAGUUUGGAGAGUUUUACUCCACCAAGCUAGCGAAAAACAAUAUUCUCUACAUUAACCUGGAUAAAUUAAAUGGCUCGCAGCUGAAAAUAGAGAGCCACCCACUUUUCAACGAGUUGCUGCAGAAAGUGAUGAAGCAGGUGAUGGUGGACGACAAGCAGACGCUCCAUCAAUACUUCACCGCAUCGAAUUCGUCGAUGGAGCUGAUCUCGACCGGAAUGGGAGACUACUCUGUGUUCCAGAACCAUUUAGGCAUACCAUCGCUAAACCUCGGCUUUUCAAACAAUAAAGACACAGACCCUGUGCCCUACUUCAACUCCCUGUCUGAUUCGCUCGAAUGGUACACCCGUCUGGAUCCAGACCUCAAAUUGCCCAACGUCAUGGCGCAAUUUGCAGGCCUGUUUGUGCUCCAUCUCAGCGAAAAGGAAAUUCUCCACGUGAGAACCUACGACUAUGUCGCAGCCAUACAUUCACGCUAUAAACACAUAAUCGACAAGGUGCCAUCUUAUUGGUUCGACCGCAUAUGUGACGAUGAGUCCAAUAAGCGGCUGGGAACAAAAGUUGACGAGAUGGAGACUCUUUUCCAGAUAUUGUUGAAAAAGAGCUCGAGUUUCGACUCCAACCUUACGCUUUUGCAAAAACAAAUUCUCCAAGACUACCCGUGGUUCAAGCUACUCACAAAGAUCAAGAUCGCGAUCAAAAUCAAGGUGGCUAACUUGAAGGUGCGUUCGCUGGACCGGCUGUUUGUCACGGACCCGGUGCUUAUAGACCGCGCGUGGAUCCGUCACCUCAUAUUCGCCCCCUCCCGUGACUCACAGCACGCCUGUGUCCUUGCAGGGCUAGAGGAGCCGCUCCGCUCUGCCGACUACGACACUUUUGCCGCCAACCUCAACAUUGUCGGCAACGCUCUAACGAAACUGCAACGCAAACUCUGAUGACCGUCGCGUCGAUAGACGCAAAAUACCUAAUUUAUAAAGCAA